CUCCCGCAAACAUUGAUUCAAAGCAUUAUACUUAAAGGCACGGCUGACAUAUUUCUUCGAGUAGUCAGUUUUUCUUAAAUCUUGCUCAUUUGUUGACUUCGGCGAAUGAUUUAAAAAUACAUAAGCUUAUAUAAAGCAAAGGUCAGGUAGUUCAGUUUCAAUUUUAAAUUAUUUCGGGCUCUAUUUUUAACAAACGCAAAACUAACAAAAUAUGAAAAAUCCCUUAAUUUUUCAUUUCAUGUAUUAAGUUUGUCUUUACUUUCUUUAAGUUGCUAAUAUGAUUUUUCUAAAGCAGAUUUGACAAGAAUUAGAAACAUUAAGCUGUCAAAACAUAAAGCUGAAAAUACUUGAAUCAUUCUUUUUUGUGAAAAAUGCCCAAUUUUACAUAUAAAAAAAUUCUUUAUAGAAAUAUAUUGGCAGAUUUUGUUCAAACUACUUUCCUAGAUCCUGAACAUUGAAAUGUUUAUGAAUGCAUAGAAAUAAUGGUAGAUCACAUGCUCUUUGUAAAAGCAAAAAAAACUUUUGGUUAGAACUGUAACUAAAAUUGCCCAAAGCAUGAAAAAUGGUUUAUUGAUAUUCAAAAAUGGAUAAAAACUACUUUCGACCAAGCCUUCUUGAUAUAAAUCUUAAGGUUUGAUAUAUUACAGCUCAGCCUUUCUGACGAGAAACAACAUUUUCUAAAAACAUGUUUGGCAGAAAAAAGCUACCUGUUGUGUCUUUUAACCUCAUUGUCGGCAAUAAAAGAAAGCGGAUAUACACUGUACCGCUUAUAAAGAUGAAUUUACCGUAAAAACAAUCAAAAAUACCUCUGCGAAAACAUAUAAAUUAUGCUUUAUUUUCUUAGCUAUUGCCAAUUAUUACUUUUGUGUUCCAGAUGAAGUUGUUUCUCUGAGUAAAAUGUUGAAUAAAGCGUCUCGUCAAAAGCCUAAGGGAAUGGAAACUCCUGGCAAACAUGUAUCAUCAGAUGCAAGACAUGUCAUUAAAUGGAAUUUUUUCGAUCGAAUUAGGCAGCUUAAAGAAGCUCUUUUCCGAAGAAUGAUGAAAGAAGCAAUUGCAAAACGCUGGACCCAGGACGAUUUCAUUAUUCGAGGAACCGGCACACCCAAGCCACAUACAACAUUGCCAACGAUAGCUCCAACAUUAUUAACUACUGAAAAAACUACGACCACCGUAGCAACCACGACCACACAAGGUGCGUUACAAACAACACUGGCAGACUUCUGGAAAACCCUCAGGAAGCUGUGGGGAAAUCGGCAUAACCCAUUUGGUUAAAAUCAUAGAAUCUUUUUCAUGCAUACUUACUAAUACAUUUACAUACGCAAUCCGAAAAUAAUUACCUAAAAUAAAAUUUAAGAAAAAAACUUCAAUGUCGGAAAUAUUUAAUGCAAUACCGAAGUCAGGCUCUUCUGAAAAUAAGCCAAAGCUGUAUUCAAAUAUACAUGUAAACUAAUUUCCUAUAUGUAUUCUAGAUCUGGAAUUCAAAGAAAGAAUUCUUAAAGUAUCUGAUUAAUCAUAUAACAGAGAAAAAAAAACGGUCACAAUGUUGUAAACUGUGCAGUUUGUUGAAAGACUUUUGAAUACUUAAAGAGGUAUUAUCGUAGUUAGUGUAGAACUUUCAAAUUGCUGGAAAAACAGAAGACAGGCGAGUUUUAUUCAAAUUUAGUAUUGCAGUAUAAAAGUAUAACUGAGCCGCGCCAUGAGA